UCUGGCAAAAAAAACAACAAAAGACCACUAUAGGAGCGGAAGGUAGAAAAGUGUCUUCACCUGGGCUGCACCAGGCAGUCAACCAUCCUCAGCCGCUCAGUCCUCCACCAUCUCAGUAUACCACGUUCUCUAUAGGGAGGGUCUAACCUGCAGGAAAAGAUGAAGCUGUCGUCGUUGUCCUUGCUGGUCCUGUUGGCGGCGGCGUGCCUGAGGCUAGGCGACUCAACCAACCCUCCUCUCUACCGGAGUCCCUACGAGCCCAACAACGCCUUCGGCUUCCUGCUGAACUCUGGCCAAUGCUCCACGACUUACCAGUACAAGUUCAUUAAGGUCGACUGCGUCACGUGCGCCUACCAGGUGUACCGCUGGCUCUUCUUUGGCCUCUGCUGCUCAGCAUAUGGACAGUGCUACUGCGACGCAGCGUUAGCACCAGAAUGUAUUAUUGCUACAGAGACCACCACUACCACCACCACCACUACCACCACUAUCCCCCACCACUACUCCACCACCACUACUCCACCCACCACAACUACAACCACGCCUUCUACAACAACAACCACGCCUUCUACAACAACAACAACAACAACCACGCCUUCUACAACAACAACCACGUCUACCACAACAACAACUACGCCGCCAACCACUACUACCACCCCAGCGACUACAACCAUAACGACAACUAUUGCGAAAGUCUGUCCAAGUCCGAUUCAGACCAGACUUCUUGGUUCCACUUCACUCAGUGGCUGUGACCCUGGGGUCAUAGGACUCUGGGUCGUCAAUGGCAAUAACUCGUACCCAUUCUGUAACGCCGUGUACGCCACAGACCCCAAGACACUGGCCCCCAUCGUGUUGACUCUCGACUUCUGCUACCAGACCCUGUCAACAGCAACGACUGCCAAACUGCCGGUGGACUUUCGUCUGAGUGGUUCCGAUCCGUUGGGGUAUGCUUCCUAUCUUUUCCGGAACACAACGGCGGUUUCCGGGGUAACGAGACUGGAGAACACCCAGGUGCUGACGGGAUACUUCAACCCGGCAAGUGGAACAUGCUUUAGUCCAGCCUGCGUGUACAACAACGCCACCAUGACCAUCAACACCACCAGCUGCUACAUCGCCAGCUACGGAGCUACUAACAGGACAGCUACCAACACUUUGGUUUACAACGGGCAGGUGAACACCAUCCCGGUUCAACUUGCCACUUCUGGCUGCACUCUGAGGGCAGGCACUGAUCAGACGUGCUUUGUCUCUACUAACGGUGGGGCCAACUGUCAGGGAGAUGCUGGCGCACCUGUGUACUGCAAGAUCCAGACAGGUGAGACUGUGCUGUACGGCCUCAACACCCAGAAUACCGUGUGCGGGAACAGCGCCACGUACUUUGCUGUCGAGCCGAUCCCCGCUUUUUAACGGACACAAGACGUCGAGCUACGUGAUGUCAACGUCACUCGUCGAUCAUCAGAGCCGACUGCUUGCACUGGUGAAUUGUCAAGUUAGACAGGACAGCUUUGUGGGAAAAGAUUGUGCGAUUUUCAGAAAUUGGUCAUUAAAACACUUUCAUUUUCAA